GUAAUUUUCCCUAUAUAUAUAAUUCUGAGACGGAAAUGGUAAUUAAGAUUUUAGUGUAAGGGUAUAAGUGUCUUUUAAUCUAUAUAAUGUAAUGUGAAAUGUGAAUUAAUUGAAAUUUCACUGAACCAGAGUCCAUCAAUGGCGAAAAACGCUUCUUCUUCUUCAUCGUCCUCUAUGCAGAAGAUCAACCGCGAAGACGAUGAAUUGUUAUUAGACGGAUCCGAAUCGGGCUGGGUCGAGGCCCGAACACACUGCGACCAUUUGGAUUCAUUGUCGCCCGAUCUGAUUCACAUCCCAACACCCAACACAUCUUGCAGCAGGUGUGAACAUCCAAAGGAGAAUUGGUUGUGCUUGUGCUGUAAAGAAGUUCUGUGCAGCCGUUUUGUGAACAAGCACAUGCUACAGCAUUAUCAACACCAACAACAUAACUUGGCUCUUAGCUUCAGUGAUCUUUCAGUGUGGUGUUUCUCGUGUGAUGCUUAUCUCGAUGUUCAAGCGAUUGUGCCUCUGCGCCCUGCUUAUGAAACUGCGUAUAUAUUAAAAUUUGGUCAACCGCCUCCGUUUCGAUCAGUGGACUGAUUCAACCUGUUCUAUGAAUUUUUACGUUUUUUUUUAAUUAUGUAUGGUGGACAAAGUUGCAUAUGAAUAUAACCUUUGCUGAUUGUUUUGGUAUUUUGGUAAUUACUCGAAAGGGUUCGAACCCAUAAUCGCUCACCCGACCCUGUUGCAAGUGGGGUUCCGAAAUCCAAACCACUUAAGAAAA